AAGUAGAUUUCAAUUUUCGCUGGAGAAACUGCUAAUCCUCACACCUGUUUACUUUAAAUAGACCUACAGAACCGUCGAUUUGAAAGGUAGAAAGAGACCGGCAUUUUCGUCUGGCGUCGCCCAGAUCGACUGAACGCAGUUUACCAGGCGAGGUUGUAAUUGUAUUUUCAUGCAGGUGUAAGCUAACAGAGUAGUUAAUGGACCGGGGGAACAUGUCUGUUGUGAGGGACAAGGAGGAUGAGGAAGAGAGGCGAUAUAAAUAGAGAUCAAGAGGCAGAUUCGGAACUAUUGGAACAACUGAAGGAGUUAAUGGGGGACUUAAAUAAUCAGACCUUGCAGUCUAUGUUGGCAUCUGUAAAGAUGCGAAAGCCAAUCGAAGAAGAGGAAAUCCCACCGCCGGUUGCCAUUGGCUGCAACUCUGCUGCCCUUCAAGACUCCACUGCACCAAUCACAAAGGGAGGGCUAAGGCUCCAACUGCCCUUUGCAGCUGCCUCCUCCAAUGACACAGCCUCUUCCCACACAUACAGCCAACCAGAAGUCAGUCUCUCAGGUGUUAAGGACAUGGUCUUGAGCAGACAGAGGGAGUUCAGACUGGCAGCGGUCCAAGCCAAACGGACUGGAGACAUGGAGUUAGCCAAACGUUACUAUAAGACAGCCAAGAAAUUAGAUCUGAUGGCGGAAGCUUCUAUCAAAGGAGAAUGUGUGGACAUCAGCUCCUUACCUCCCCCUCCUGACGAGGGUGAUGUUGAGAGCCAGUGUUCCCCCAAGUCUUUAACUCAACCUCUCCCUCGGGGUAUUAUCUCCGAGACUGCCCUAGAACGGCAGGCUGAUUGUGACAGCAGCGUCAGUCCCGUGACCUACACCAACUUUGAGGGCUCCCCAACCCCCACAAUCACGGUGGCCAGCCCAGUAGUUCUGGAACAGGAUCACUUCCCAGACCUGUCCAAUUCCCUCCCAGUAUGUUCUGAGCCUUCAGACCAGUACAGACAGAUCCUGGAGGUCCUGGAUCAGCAGCAUAAGAGGUGUCUGUGUUACUGUCAGCAGUUUACCCACAUGGGGAAGGUCACAGAGACGGCCAGGUUUGAGUCCUUGGCCGAGGAGUGUGUCAGACACAUGGAGGUGCUGAGGCAAGCGCAGGCGAGAGGGCAACCUGUUCCACAGUACCUCACGCAGCAACGCUCUUUCUCCAUCUACAGGAUCAUUCCAACUCUAACAGGAAGUGACAUGGUAUUGACGGUCAUAAAAGGCAUCAACCUUCCUGUUCCAGCAGAACUUUGUCCUAAUGACAUGGACAUAAGUGUGCGCUUCGAGUUUGCCUUCCCUAGUUCGGAGGAUGCUCAAAGGGACCAGACACGCUCGGUCAGAAACAGCACCUGUCCAGAAUUCAAUGAGCAUUUUAAACUGCACAUCAAACGAGGUCACCGUGGCUUUAAGAGGGUCAUUCAGUCUAAGGGCAUCAGGUUCGAGAUUAUACACAAAGGAGGCCUGUUUAAGACCGAUAAGGUAAUUGGAAGUGCAAUUAUGAAGCUGGACUCUUUGGAGACGUUAUGUGAGACCAGACAGCUCAUAGAGGUGCUGAGCAGAAGGAAGGCCACAGGAGCGUUCCUGGAGGUGGAGGUGAGGAUCCGAGAGCCCUUGGGGGGGCCGCAGCUCCACACCGUGACAGAACCAUGGCUGAUCCUGCACCCACUCAGCCUGCCCACCAUGGCCGCACCCAAACACACGCCCCAGACCAGCACUGGCGGGAAGGUCAACUCGAGCUCCUCCAUUUGCAGGGUCCUGUAACCAGCAGCUCCUCAGAAACCACUGAAAACCCCUCUCCCACUCAACAUGGCCUAACCACUAUGGAAUACCUUCGGGCCACAAGGAAGCUUCAACACAUACCAUAACUGAUCAUGGAAAAGUCUUUAGAUAAAGAUGGAAUAGGCUAGAGUCAUCAAAUAAAUAUACCUUAUUUUUCAGAUACUUAAUAAGAGACAUAUCAUUUGAAUAUUCUUUAUGCAAUAGCCAAUAGACAUGAAUGCACCUUAUUUUUUGUAGCUUAUCAAAAUGAAUUUGUG